ACACCAGGCAAGAGAGCAAAGAGAGCAAAGAGGCAGAGAAUGUGUGUGUAACAGAGAGGUGACAGCAGCCUGUGAUACAACCGGAUUACUAGGAUGCCGUGGUUCACUGCUCAUUGACCAAGCUUGCCUUCAAAUAACUGGAUCUAUGUAACUUUGGCAACAGCUUCUUAUUGCUGAAAGGAUUUUUUUCCCCUUUGGAUUGAACACUGCUCUGCUUCCCAUGUAUAACGUUAUCUUUCCUGCCAAGCCUGUGGGAAAUGUGUGAAAUCCUGCCUGCUUAAGGCAUUAAUGUACUGGGAGAGACUGUCCUAUUCUAUCAGUAUUAUUUCCUGUUUUUGGACCAUUUCUGGAUUUUAUUAAAAUGAACAGAAUCUACAACUGGCUUUGAGAAGCACACUGAAAAUGGCCACAACAUAAUGUUACCAGAACAAGCACAGAUAGAAUCUUUACACAGAUGAAUACAAGACGUGUUGCACGUUAGAAACACAUUGAAUGCUACAUGUAAAUCAUGGUUUUGACCAUGGCUUUUAUGGAUUGGACUUGGCUAUUUGUUUUCACCUUCUUAAGUUAUGGAGCAAGUGGAAAUAAGGAGACAAAAAUAUCAGAUGAUUCUCAAUGUCAGAGAAUGGAACAUCCCACUAUCAAUAAUAAGGAAAUUGCUCCCUGGCUACAUGUGUUCAGAAUGGAAAAGGCUGUUGACUUUUCACAAUUAUCCUUUGAUGUCGGACAUCAAGAACUUAUUGUUGGAGCAAGAAAUUAUCUUUUCCGGUUAUGUCUAGAGGAUCUGUCUCUCAUUCAGAUGGUAGAAUGGGAUUGUGAUGAAGCCACAAAAACAGCAUGCUACAGCAAAGGGAAAUCUAAGGAUGAAUGUCAAAAUUAUAUCCGAGUCUUGCUUGUCAGUGGAGAUCAUCUGUUUACUUGUGGGACAAAUGCAUUCACACCCAUAUGCACAAAUAGAACGCUCAGCAAUCUUACAGAAAUACAUGAUCAGAUCAGUGGUAUGGCACGCUGCCCUUAUAGUCCCCAACACAAUUCAACAGCAUUGCUUACUUCGAAUGGAGAAUUAUAUGCAGCAACUGCAAUGGACUUUCCAGGAAGGGAUCCGGCAAUUUAUCGUAGUCUUGGAGGCCUUCCACCCUUACGCACAGCUCAGUAUAAUUCAAAAUGGCUUAAUGAGCCUAAUUUUGUUUCAUCGUAUGAUAUUGGAAAUUUCACAUACUUCUUUUUUCGAGAAAAUGCAGUAGAACAUGAUUGUGGAAAGACCGUUUUCUCCCGAGCUGCACGCCUGUGUAAAAAUGACAUUGGAGGCAGGUUUCUAUUAGAGGACACAUGGACAACAUUCAUGAAGGCCCGAAUGAACUGUUCUCGUCCAGGAGAGAUCCCAUUUUAUUAUAAUGAAUUACAAAGCACAUUCUUUCUCCCGGAACUAGACCUCAUAUAUGGCAUCUUUACCACUAAUGUAAAUAGCAUUGCGGCUUCAGCAGUGUGUGUAUUCAACUUGAGCGCUAUUGCCCAAACCUUUAAUGGACCAUUCAAAUAUCAAGAAAAUGCUCGUUCAGCCUGGCUGCCUUAUCCUAAUCCCAACCCAAAUUUCCAGUGUGGCACUGUAGAUCAAGGACUAUAUGUGAAUCUCACUGAAAGGAAUCUCCAGGAUGCACAGAAAUUUCUCCUGAUGCAUGAAGUGGUUCAGCCAGUCAGAACAGUCCCCUUUUUCAUGGAAGAUAACAGUCGGUUCAGUCAUAUUGCAGUGGAUGUUGUGCAAGGGAAGGAAAUGCUGUACCAUAUCAUAUAUCUGGCAACAGACUAUGGAACAAUUAAAAAAGUCCUGGCGCCAAUAAAUCAAAAUACAAGUAGUUGCUUACUGGAAGAAAUUGAACUUUUACCAAAGAAACAAAUGGAGCCAAUUCGAAGAUUACAAAUUCUUCACAGUCAAAGUGUACUCUUUGUGGGCUUAUAUGGUCAUGUUAUAAAGAUCCCUUUGAAACGAUGUAUGUUCUACAAAAGCCGCAGUGCCUGCAUUGGAGCUCAAGAUCCAUAUUGUGGUUGGGAUAUGGUGAUGAAGAAAUGUACAACACUUGAUGAGAGCAAGAGCAUGAGCCAAUGGGAACAAAGAAUCACAGCCUGUCCAUCAAAGAAUCUCACAGUGGAUGGAAACUAUAGUUCAUGGUCUGAGUGGAGCUCCUGCAAUUAUAAUGAUGGAAGUUCAGUCGGUAACUGUCUAUGUCGAACUCGCACAUGUAACAAUCCUAGCCCACGUUGUGGAGGCCUGCCAUGCCAGGGACCUACUAUAGAGAUUGCCAACUGCUCAAGGAAUGGUGGAUGGACACCAUGGACAUCAUGGUCUCUUUGUAGCACCAGUUGUGGAAUAGGAUUUCAAGUCCGCCAACGUUCUUGUAGUAAUCCUACACCUAAACAUGGUGGCCGUGUAUGUGUUGGACAAAACCGCGAGGAACGAUAUUGCAAUGAACAUUUAACAUGCCCGCCACAUGUGUUUUGGUCAAGCUGGGGUCCAUGGGAACGAUGUACUGCUCAGUGUGGAGGAGGGGUUCAGGCUCGCAGAAGAACCUGUGAAAAUGGAUUUGAUUGUCCAGGAUGUGGUGUGGAACAUCAGACCUGUAACACAAAUCUUUGUCCUGAAGUAAAAAAGACAACUCCAUGGACACCCUGGACACCUGUUAACAUAUCUGAUAAUGGUGGGCACUAUGAGCAGCGGUUUAGGUAUACAUGUAAGACUCGACUUCCAGAUCCAAAUAUGCUGGAUGUUGGGAGACAGAGGAUAGAAAUGAGGUACUGCUCCAGUGAUGGGACCAGUGGAUGCUCAACAGAUGGACUCUCGGGAGACUUCCUUCGUUCUGGUCGUUAUACAUCCCAUACAAUUAAUGGUGUAUGGUCAGCUUGGUCCUCAUGGUCUCAAUGCAGUCGUGACUGCAACAGAGGAAUUAGAAGCCGGAAACGUGCCUGCAAUAACCCUGAGCCAAAGUUUGGAGGACUCCCUUGCUUAGGUCCUCCAACAGAGUAUCAAGAAUGCAAUAUUUUGCCAUGCCCUGUGGAUGGAGGUUGGUCUUGCUGGUCUGCUUGGUCUAAGUGCUCAGCAACAUGUGGGGGAGGACAUUACAUGAGGACUCGAUCUUGUACCAAUCCAGCACCAAGUUAUGGAGGUGACAUAUGUCUUGGACUUCAUACGGAAGAGGCACUUUGUAAUACAAUGAUUUGUCCAGAGAGUUGGUCAAACUGGUCUGAUUGGUCUGAAUGUGACUCUUCUGGAGUGCAAUUCCGCCUGCGUCAAUGCCAUAUCCUCUUUCCCAUUGGCAACCAGUGCUCUGGAAACAGUACAGAAACAAGAAAUUGUAUUUAUGAAUCUAAUUUUAUCCCAGAAAUAUCGGUUGCAAGGUCCAGUAGCAUGGAAGAGAAAAGAUGUGGAGAAUUUAACAUGUUCCACAUGAUUGCAGUUGGCCUUAGCAGUUCAAUACUUGGCUGCCUACUUACAUUGCUCAUUUAUACAUACUGCCAACGAUAUCAGCAGCAAGCUCAUGAUGCAACAGUGAUCCAUCCUGUAUCACCAGCCCCUCUUAAUACCAGCAUUACUAACCACAUAAAUAAACUGGACAAAUAUGACUCGGUUGAAGCUAUUAAGGCAUUUAAUAAGAACAAUCUUAUAUUGGAAGAGAGAAAUAAGUAUUUCAAUCCUCACAUCACAGCGAAAACCUACUCCAAUGCAUAUUUCUCAGAUUUCAAUCAUUAUGAUGAGUAUUAACGUGUUUUGUUAUUUUUCUGCCAUUUUUCAACUAAUUACUUUUUUGAGGGCUUAGUAAAUAGCUAUUCAUUUGAGUUCCUGUAUAGAAGCUCAAAUACUUUUACAAGCAGAUCCCAAGUGACUGAUCUAAGUUUCAAUGAACAUUCGUGCUUUACGUUGCAUUCAUUAAGGCAGAAAAGGCAGUGGAAACGUUCUGUGAAGACUAAUUGGUGCACCUUGUUCUUGCAAAUAUCUACCAUCUUUUCAUGCCAAGCAGACCUCAAUUUUAUUUUGUUAUAAUGUAUUAAAAAAAAAAAACAUUGUACAAUUACACCCCCAAUAUAUUCAUUUUGUAUUUAGCCAUGGAACUUCAUUCAAACUUCUCAUAUUUAGUUCUGUUAAUACUUUUAAGCAGGAGAAAUACUUUGUUGCAUUGGAUAAACUGUUUAGUUUGAUGCACUUAUACUUUAUAACAAGAUUUAUACCCAAUAAUAAAGAAAACUCCAGCUUCCCAUACUUGAUGACUAUGUAGCCCAAUAUAGCAAGCAAUGCACAUAAUGUAUAUGCUUCAAAGUCACUGGAAUGGCAGCUACAAAUACAACUUUAUCUAAAACAUAAUAUUUAUAUGAUUUUAGUAGAAAUUCUUUAAAGAUGACUUGUUCUUGCAAUUUAUGAAAAUCUGCAUGCUAUUUACCUUGCAUUAAUAAUGCAUAUAAUUAUUGAUUAUAUAAUAAUAAUUACUGUAGCACAUGAACUUGCAUGGAGUUUGCCAUUCCAAAGAUCUCUAUUGAGUUACAAUGUAUAUGAAGCACAUUCCUAUUAUAUGUAGCAUUUCACAUUUUUUAAAAAAAGUUUAAACAUGCUUAUGUUUUUAGGUAGUGCAUUUGACUACAGAUAUUCACAUUGCAGUGCCUUUCUUAUUUAUGUGUGCAAAAAAGAACAACCUCAAAUGACAGAUGACAAAAAAAGGUUUUGCCAUUCUAAAUAAAUAAUUGUAUUGUCUUUACAAACCUAGGCUAGAAUUUUUACAUAAUUUAUUGUGAAAUAGAUUCAACUUGAGGUGCAUUGUUAAGUAUCAUCUAAAAAUUGUACUUUUACAUUUACAUUGUAGCAUAAGUUUUAGCAUUUGAGAUAACAUCAUCACUACGGAUGUAACUAAAAAUGUUAUUUUUACAGUGUACAGGAGGACAUUUUUUUAAAAUGAAGUUGUGUUUAUUUGUUAAAAGAUGCAUUGUUUACUAAAGAACCGCUUUCUCGUUUGAUGCAUAGAUUGUCAAAUAUAUGUUGUAAAGUUUCAAAUAUUAAAUGUGCUAUCCAUGAUCUUAGUCACUGAUAGCUGAAUGUGCUUGAUUGUUGAAAAGAAAUGCUUAAUGUCUUUGCUACAUGGAAAACAAUAGCUAUAUAAAAGGUAUGGGUUUUUUUUCUGUAUGAGAGAACAUGGGUUGGAAUCUUAUAUGUCAAAUGAGAAUCCAUUUUCAAGUGCACUUUGUAAUUCUUUUAAUAUCCUGGCUACAAUUCAAUAGUAAGGUGUCACAUUUAUCAAUAAUAGAGCAUCCUGUGUCUUUCAAGCUCCACAUGAACGCAACU